CUAUUGAAUUCAGCGCAAAAACUCUUAGUCAAAAUUGAAGACAUAAUGAACGAGCUGGAAAAAGAGAUAGAAGCGAAGAAAUUUCCUUAUAAGGUUUCAAAGGCGUGCGUAUUUUGCAAAAAUGCCAACCACACGUCAAAUUAUUGCAGAACUGUGGUUGGAAUGAAUGAAAGAAGAGAUAUCCUGAAAAAGGAGCAGCUGUGUUGGAAGUGCUUCGCUGACAGCCAUAAAAGAAGCGAAUGUUCCAAGAAAAAUUGCUCGUGCUGCAAACAAAUGCACGAUGUCAGCGUAUGCUCGCCAAUGGUCCCAUGCAAAAAGGGAACGGUCCCAAUGACUCCAACAAGUCAAGUUCUGGAUUCCAGCCUAGGAACAACAUCCUACUAUAUAAAACGCGCUAAGUGUGUCUGUUAG